ACUGGGGCGCGGCUUUCAAAAUUCUGUUACCGUAGCAUUUGCUCCGCCUCUUUUCUCCGCUGCAACCCGUAGCCGUCGACCUUUACCGCCAUCGAACAUCCACAUCUCCAACGACCGCCAGAUUAUUACAUAUCAUCAAUCUACACACAAAAUGGAUGUUCCCCGCUUUAAUUCCCUUAAUUCACGCAAUUUCCACUUUCGUCCCAAAUCCACGUCGGGCACAGCCUUUAUUACGGUUACCUCCGAUGCCGUGAAACCCGCCGCCACUAGGAAAACAAAAAGGACGGGGAUCAAACCGCCGGCGGCACUUAUAGCGGGGGAGCCGUUGGAGAUUUCACCGUUACAGGCAUCCCCGUCUGUUUCAGAUACAGUGCUUCCAGUAGUACACCCGAGUUCCUUACAAUGCGAGCCAGGGUAUUUGAUACCGAAUUAUCCACGUGGUAAUAUCGGCUACAAGUACCUGAAAAAAAUAUUGACAUUAAAAGUGUAUGAGGUAGCCGAUGAAACGCCUCUGCAGUUUGCACCUAAGCUUUCUGAGCGGUUAGGGGUAAAUUUGUGGCUCAAAAGAGAGGAUCUUCAGCCGGUCUUCUCAUUCAAGGUCAGAGGAUCUUACCAUAUGAUGGCAAAGCUCCCUAGAGAGGUGUUAAAAGAGGGAGUUAUAUACUCAUCAGCUGGAAAUCAUGCACAAGGUGUUGCAUUAGCUGCCCAGAGACUUGGUUGCAAUGUUGUGAUUGUGAUGGCUGUUACUACACCAGAAAUUAAAUGAAAAUCCGGUGAGAGAUUGGGUGCUACUGUCAUUCGCAAGGGGGACACAUAUGAUGAAGCUCAAGCAUAUGCGAAAGCUCAGUCCAAAGCAGAAGGCCGCACAUUCGUCCCUCCUUUUGAUCACCCAGAUAUUAUAAUAGGACAAGGUACAGUUGGAAUGGAGAUUAGUCGCCAAUUCAAGGAUGACAUACAUGCAGUCUUUGUACCUGUUGGUGGAGGGGGUCUUAUAGCUGGAAUUGCGGCAUAUUUAAAAAAAGUUUCCCCUGAUAUAAAGAUUAUCGGUGUUGAGCCAUUCGAUUUAAGGUAUGAAAACUUGUUGGUAUGAUUGGACGGGGUUCAGGGGGCCUCGUGUGUGCUUCAGUGAAGUUCGCGAACGCUCGCGUGGUGAGGGUCGUGAACGCGUUGUGUAGCGGGGUUGGCCUGGGGUGGAAGCUUGAGCUUCGCGUUUGCAUGUGAGUAUUCGCAAUUGCGUACCUGUGAGUAGGGGUAGCAUUUUGAGCCCAACUAACCCGUCCAACUAGCCCAGCAAAUAAUGGGUUGGGCAUGAAAGAAUUUUAUUAAUGGAUCAUUCUGGGCUAAACCCAUUUCAACCCGUUAAAAUAAUUAGCCCAACGCUAACCCGUUUAGGCGCCCAAACAGACCCGUCAAACUCCCAAAACCUAAACACAAGACAGACGCUUUCUCUUCCACUCUAUGUGCACUAAAAAAAAUGACCCGUUUCUCUCUGAACUUCAAAUACCUGGUCUCUGUCUUUUUUCCGGCAACUUGCAUUUCUCCGGCGUCUUCCUUCUCUCUGGGGAGUUUUUUGCUGGAGAUUUCUCUGGAUCUCGAAUUUUGGCCAUCAGAUAAGGAUCUCAUUGUGUAAGAAGAUGUCGAUGGAGCAUGAUGAUGUAGAGUCCAAUGAAAUAAGUGUUUUAAGUUCAAAAAGAGAACGUAAAACUACUUUUGUUGUGCAGGAUUUCUAUGAGAAGUUGCCAUUGGAUACAGAUCCUGAUAAUAGACUUAGAGCUAAAUGUAAGAAAUGUGGGAUAAUAUUUUUGGCUGACUUAAAAGCUGGAACAACAAAUUUAAAGCGA